CAGGUGCCACAGCCAAACCAACAAUGACCUUCGGAAAUUCGAACAAGCCGAGAUGCCGCGGGAUAACGCCGUACGAAUACAACUGCCAGUGGCUGCCGGGCCUGCAGGACACCGAGGCGACCAGCUACACCCUUUCCAUCUUCAUCGAGAAUGAAACUCCACAGCACCUGAUGAUUGCGUGCCCCAAGCAGCCUCGGUGUCCACCGUACUCCUGCCCCUUCAAAGCCGACGCCAUGGACUCCGAGUCGUACGCUGCCACUGGUGAUCGCGGAGGGAGGGCCACGGGGCCGCGUGCUCAGCGACACUUACAGAUUCAUCCCGAUCAAUAUCGUCGAGCCCGACCCUCCGGUGGAUUUGCGGGCCAUGCCGAGAGGCGGGAGCGAGGACGAGAUCUUAGUGACGUGGAAAUUCCCUCCGACGUGGCCAGAAGUCGACCGGAUGUUCCCCCUCCAGAUUGAACUGCAGUACAAGCUCGCAGAGCACGACGAGCAUUGUAAGAAUGUGACAGCCGACAAAGGCGCGAGGCGGUUCGUGAUUUUGAACACGAGGCCCGGAGCCGCCUACAAAGUGCGCGCGCGCGCCCGGGAGAGCAUCAUGCUCGGCUUGUGGAGUUCGUGGACUCGGGAGAUCACCUCCUCGCCCUGGAGGACAAAGGCAGCAGACACAGCAAGCCGCGUGCGAGCCAUUGCCAGGACAAGAACAUCAACAACAUCAACAACAGCAACAACAACAGCAGCAGCAGCGAUGACAACAGCCUCUGGCAUCUCAAGCAGGGCACACACCGGGAGCCGUGAGGUCCCUCGGCACGGAAAGAGGCUGCAGUUCCACCACGUCACCACGUACAUCUCGGACGCGGUCACCAGGUCACACGAAGCCGGCGCGUCGCCGCCUCCCGAUCCGGACACCCACGUGGAGACAGACGCCUGCUCCGUGAGCUUCAAGACGAAGGCCUUGUGCCUUCUCGCCGUCGCCACGGCCACAGCCUUCGUCACCACGGCGAUGGUUCUGUGCAUCUUCUACCUCUGGAGGAAACCGAUGGGACACGUUAAGAAGUACUUGGCGGCUGUCGGCCGGACCGACGGGACACGUAAGUGCCCGCCCACGGCCCCCGCCACCGCCAGCUCCCCCGGGCCCGCCGGCCCUCCGACCGCCCCUCACUUCCGCGAGGUCCCGCCGCCCAUCGAGGGAGAGGAUUCCAGCGUCGCGUGCGAGAGCCUCAUGAACUGGGAGUACUGGGCAGCCGCCAGCAAUCCAGAGUCCCCAUCCCUCGACAGCAGAGGCGCUGCCGCUUCUCGUGCACACCCGCUGCGAGCCUGAAGCUGUCGCCACCGCCGCCGCUGCCGCUGCCGUACGAUGUUGAUACUCACCGCGCCUUCCCGUCGCUUCUCUCCUUCCUGCUGCCGGAUCCCCUAGUCGUCGUAAAGUCAACCCUCGACCGACGAGGAUUGCCUCUCACGGUCAGGUCUAUUGGUCGAAACAGGUCAGAGGUCGAGAAACCAGCGUGACCUCGUUCGCGCCGCGGUGGCGAGAUGUUAUCUCCCUCGCCUGGUACGCAGGAGGUCGUUUGGUUCGGUUCCGGCCCUGACGCCUGCUGCUGUAUAUUUGGAAUGUGCGUGUUCUCUCUCCCCGUGGUGGCGUACAUUUUUCCCUCCGCAUUUAGAAUCAUGCUCGAAGGAUAUAUUUUACUGCUUCCAUAAAUUCCCACACAUGAUAAGGCACUUCGUUGAGCUAUCAAUUGUGUCCUAGAUUUGAAGCUUUCGUGACUGCAAGGAUUCAUAUUCUUAGGUUUUUUUCGGUAAAAGUCACGUAGGUAAAAAAUUAAAA